AUGACCUUGAUCAUCGAUUGCCUCAUUGAAAAUCUACCCCUCCGAGCCAGAGACGAUUCUCGUGUGAUAGAUAUUUCCAAACGAGCCCACAAGAUAACAGCCACGCCUCGUCACAAAGUGGAAAACCCAGUAGGAGACUUUAUAAUCUCUGGGGCUUUGAAGCUGCAAGAUGAUCAGACCGCCUUACCCUCGUCCGUACUGCAAGCCAAACGUCCCGUCCGAUACGCGGAUGAGAGCAGCGCCAACGCCAGGCUACUCGAGGCGCUAGCAGCUGAGGCAGCCGCGGUACAAAGUGAUUCGAACAGUCUCGUCCCUCUGCGCCGCAGUAUCCAACAACAGGAGACUACCCAAGGCAUCGACACUGCGGUGACUGUAUCCACAAUCGAGGAUGAGGAGGAGGAGGCUGAGGCGAAAGAAAUUGCCGAUUCGUACGCCGCGAACGCCAGAGUGAUUGAACAAGAGAUGAUCCGUCGUGGUAUCAUCAAACGCCGCUUGGUUGAUGAGAUGUGUAUUGUCUCCUCGAUUCCUUUGGGCCAUCGUUUGCAUUCGUAG